AAAAACAUCGUUCUUUUUAUCGGCGAUGCGAUGGGAACGGCUUACCGCGAUUCUUCGCGUAUCGUUUCGCAAAGCACGGCGGGACGAUUUCGUGAAGGCUGGUUCGACGAUCUUCAGCAGAUGGACAAAAUGCCCGUAACGGGAAUGGCGAUGACGUAUUCGCUCGAAAAUAUCGUUCCCGAUUCGGCAAACACGGCUUCGGCUUGGGCGACGGGCAAUAAAACCAUUAACGGCGCGGUCAAUGUUUUCCCCGACAACAACGAUUUUCGUUAUUCGGCAGGAAAUCAACAGGCGACGAAACAAUUUGUUUUGGAUAAUCCGCGUGUCGAAACGCUCUGGCAAUAUCUGAAACGCCGCCACAAUUACAAAACAGGCAUCGUGACGACUUCGGACGUGACGGACGCGACUCCGGCGGGACAAGGCGGACACACGCUUCUGCGCGGUUUGGGUUACGACAUUGCCAAACAAUACGUUGACGGUUCGAUCAAUCAAGGUAAUCAGUUCGACGUAAUUAUGGGCGGCGGUUUGGAAAGAUUCAACGCGAGAACUGCGACGAACAGCGGCGACACGCGCAAUCUCGUGACGGAACUGCAAGGCGCGGGUUAUACCUACGUGCAGAACCGCACCGAACUCAAUGCGCUGACGGCGAAUAAUGCACCGAACAAGAUUCUCGGACUUUUCCGCACCGGAAAUAUGAACGUUGCGUAUGACAAGCUCGGAUUGGUUCGCCCGACGGACGAACCCGCGCCGAGCUUCGGCGGAUUUACCGAUCAGCCGUUUUUGGACGAGAUGACGGAUAAGGCAAUCGCAACUUUGAACAAGAACAACGCGCCGUUCAUCUUGAUGGUCGAAGGCUCUUCGAUCGAUAAACAAUCGCACCCCAACUACGCGGCGGGGCAGAUUUGGGACCACAUCGAACUC